GCCGGGCCGGGCCGGGCCGGGAGGCGGCGGCGGCGGCGCGCACUGCGCUGUCCCGGGCGCGGCGGUGCGACAUGUCCCACCAGACCGGUAUCCAAGCUAGUGAAAGUGUUAAAGACACCUUUGUUGGAGCCAGAAAUGGACAAUACAGGCUUUUAAAAAUAGUCAUUGACAAUGAGCAGCUUGUUGUGGGAUCCUCUAGGCAGCCAGUUGGAUCAUGGGAAAAGGAUUAUGAUUCCUUUGUCCUUCCCCUUCUUGAAGACAAGCAACCAUGCUAUAUAUUAUACAGAUUAGAUUCUCAGAAUGCUCAAGGAUAUGAGUGGAUCUUCAUAGCAUGGUCACCUGAUCACUCUCCUGUUCGUCAAAAAAUGUUGUAUGCAGCAACCCGCGCAACACUUAAGAAAGAAUUUGGAGGUGGUCAUAUUAAGGAUGAAGUAUUUGGAACGGUACAGGAUGAUGUUUCACUGAAUGGCUAUAAAAAAUAUUUGAUAUCACAGUCCUCCCCUGCACCGCUGACUGCUGCAGAAGAGGAACUUCGACAAAUUAAGAUUAAUGAGGUACAGACGGACGUUGGUGUAGAUACCAAGCAUCAAACACUGCAAGGAGUAGCAUUCCCCAUUGCCAAAGAAGCUAUUCAGGCUUUGGAGAAACUGAAAAAUAAGAAACUCAAUUAUGUACAACUGCAAAUUGAUAUGAAAAAUGAAACUAUUAUUUUGGCCAACACACUUCAUACUGAACUUAAGGACUUGCCAAAAAGAAUUCCAAAGGAUGCUGCGCGUUACCACUUUUUCCUGUAUAAGCAUGCCCAUGAAGGAGACUAUUUGGAAUCCAUAGUUUUCAUCUACUCUAUGCCAGGGUAUACCUGUAGUAUACGAGAACGAAUGCUCUACUCUAGUUGCAAAAGUCCACUGUUAGAAAUUGUAGAAAGGCAGUUGUGGAUGCAGAUAAUUAGAAAGAUUGAAAUAGAUAACGGUGAUGAGUUAACUGCUGACUUUCUUUAUGAAGAGGUUCAUCCAAAACAACAUGCUCACAAACAAAGUUUUGCUAAACCAAAAGGCCCUGCAGGGAAGAGGGGAAUACGAAGACUGAUUAGAGGUCCAGCAGAGACUGAAACACCUAGUGAUUAGAAACUGUUGUUUGCAUUUGUUAUGAAGUAUUACAAUAAGAAAUGAAAUUCUGGCUUUUGAUAAUGAACUGAAAUCAUUCCAUUUGUAGAUGCUAGGGGAAAAAAAAAGGCCUUUUUUAUUCUUCUCUCUUCUGACCUCAACACACUUUUUGUAUUGUUACAUGACUAUAUUUGUUGACCAUGUUUUAUGACGUUAUUUUAAACUAAUUAUUUUAAAGCUAGAAGAGGAAAACUAAGCUAGUGCCCUUUUAUUUUGCAUUAGAAUCCAUUAUUUAAUGGCUGUACAUGUGGUCAUAAACUUUGCAGGCAUAAGACUAUUAAGCCCAUGUAUUCUGUGGGUGAGUUGUAGCUGUAUGCCUAGAUAACAAACCUGUGUUCUCAUGAGUAGCCUGUAGAAACCUGUAAGUCUUUCCAUGUGAGAAGAGCUGAAGGACUAUAACAUUGUCCCAGAUAAAUUUUUAUUUUUCCUUGUAGCUCUUAUGGAAAAUAGUACAAUAGAAUGUUUUCUUCUGGUUUUGACAUGAUGCAUUAUUAGGUUUUGUUUUGUUUGGCUGUGUUUUGAUUUGUUUUGUAAUAGAAAAGACAAACUAAACUCAGUUAUCCAUCAGUUAAUGUACGUGUUCAGGAAUGGCUGGAUAUUUUUCCAUGCAAAAGCAUGGUAAUUUCAAAUUCAUAACUACUUUCAUGGAAUUGUCUUUUGAAGAAAUCUGACAUAAAACCACUACAGCUUUUCCAGAUUUCUAUACUACUCAUAAGCCUUACAUAUUAAGUACUGAAUGACCAAGUCAAAGGUGAUUAAAAGUGCACGAGUUAAUAAACUCAGUAGAUUGUGGAGCUCCUUUCAAAGCAAUAUGCCGAAAGUUUCUAAUAAAUAAUUGAUUAUCUGUGCUUUUGGAUCUAAAACUGUUCAGUAAAAGUUGAAAUAGACUUGCUUCAUAAUGGUGAGUUAUUCUUGAGAUCCUAGUCUGUUUGCAGUAUCAACUGCAAUUUUAACUUUCAAGGUAAUCUGAAAAUGAUUUUUCCUAAAUGCUUGAACUUUAACAAUAACUUUAAUCUGUAACAAAAUCCAACUAGGUCUUGAAUAAUUGCUGACAGCACCUGGUUAGGAUUUUGUCCCCUCCCUGCUCCCCCACCUCCCCCCCAAAAAAAUGAAAUCAGCCAGAAUAGUCUAAACUUGAAUGAACUAUGAGUAAUGUGUUUAAUAGGAAGAGGAAAAAUAGAUUAUUUAAUAAGUGGAUUAAAGAAGAAUUAGAUGUGGAAAUAAAGUAUUAGAUCACUUUAAAUAUUUAAAAUUGUGUAUUGAGGCAAAUACUGGUGGAUAGAUUAUAUUCCCCAGUGGGGACUUGCUUUUUAGUGUCUUGUAUGUGAGCUUUGUGGGUUUUGAAUUUAAUUUUUUAAAGCUACGUGGGAGUUGUGAGUCUUGGGUCACUGCGUAUUAUCAUAGGUGCUGGGUGUACACAUUAUAUAGCUGAAUCACGUGUCUACCUGGUAGAUUUUAACCAAGUUUUGUAGGGAAAUAAUGCUUUAAUACUACUAGUUCCUGAUAAAAUUUGUUUUAUCUUAUAUAUUAUUUUGCUUGGAGAUACUAGCCUGUUAUUGACGUCUGAGAUUGCACUAUUUAACGUGACGAUUGCAAUAGUUGUUGGUUUUACUGUGGUUUUUUAUAUGCAGUAGAAAUUCGACACCUCAGCUUUUUUCACUUAAUCUUACACACUACAUCAAUUCAAUUCAAUAGCUCUUGAUCCUCUGCUAAUCUCCUGCGUGCCCUUAGCUACUGUGUUCUUUUUCUGCCUCUUGCCUUCUCCCUCUGGGGCAAGAAGCUGGUCUUUGAAGUGUUGCUUCUAUGUACUACCCAUCAGGCAAGUGUCAUUGUUUUUUUAAACAUGGUUAAUGUGUGUGCAGCUCAUACACUGUAAUUAAAUGUAUUUUUAGUUGAACUCUGAAUCUUUUCAGCACACCGAAUUCACUUUGGGUUUUUUAGUUUUGUUUUUUAGGAAAACCUUUGAGUGUAGCAGUUCAAAAUUGCUGCCAGAGGGUUUUUUGUUUGAAUUUAGUAUUCCUGCCCAUGUGUCAGCUAUACCAAGAGUGCACAUACGUUUUUACACUUACUUGAGCCAGUAAAGAAGUUCAGCAUUUAAAUACUAAAUGUUUUAAAUAACAAACAGUUUGACCUGAUAUGAUUAUGUGCAUGUCGUGUUUUGGGUUGGUCUUGUUUUCCUAAUCCUGCCCUAGGUAGAUGAGGAUAGGAGGUAGAAAGCUUAAUCUGGAGGAUCGUGGGAGCUGGUUAAGUGAUUAUGAGAGGGUGUUUAUAAUGAGCUGCUUUAGAGUUUGGCCCAAACUAGACAUUGUAAGUUAUCUUACUUGAAAAUACUCUCUGUGGGUGUACAAACCUCUGACCAGCCAGAGAGUCAUGUCCUCAGCACACUUUUCCCUCACCUUUCCCCUAAAGAGAAUUGCAUGAAGUCUUGCACUGCCAACUGCCUCUCCAGCCCUCUUGUAGCUAUUCUCCUGACAAAGCAAUAAGAAGCAUCUGAUCUUUUUGCAAGAUCCAUCACGUUUACAUCUGCAUAGUUGCCUCACAUAACAGUACUACUGUUAAUGAAUGUUCAGAGCCAGCACAAAAUUUGAGGGCAUUGAUGAAAUUUAUUCCUUUAACUGUCUCUGGUCAUUUAACAACUGAAAGUGUCCAUUCAAAUUGUUCUUGGCCUUCAUAAAACCCAAAAGCAAUGCAGCCACUUGCAGUUAACUCACAAGCUAUUAAAUGAUUAAUUAACAUGACAGGUAAUUAUUUUUGAAAUAUUCAUGUUGCAAGGUAGGGAGAAUUUGAUCUUUUUAAAACACUCCUAUCAGAAGUCUGUAAAACUAAUCAAGGUAAUGAUUGAUCUUUUACUUGGAUAAACACAUUGAUAAAUAAAACUUUUGAUUUAUGGUGUCUAUGUAUUCAAUGAAAACCGUCUUUGGAUGGUAAAAUUGACUAAGUUUACCGUAUCUAUUUUUAAAUUGACUUUAUAAAUAAAGAUUGAUGCUUUA